GGGUCUUAGGGUCUGUGCACGUUUAAAAACCCUGGUUAAGAUGUUGGUUUGAAAAAGGAAACGUUGAUAAAGUGGUGAAUGUAAACUCUAGCACCUUGUGCAGGAUCCACAUGUCACGUAUUAUGUACCUGCGAUUUAUUUAGAAGAAAAGAGGGAGGGUUGACUAUCUUUCUCUCCCUCCCACAACACAUACGUGAUCAUCACCCCCCAAAAAACACCCUUUAACCAAUAACGACGUGGCGCUCGGGACAAACGCGGAAUGGACACCUUUAAAAGCUUGUUCCUCCUCCAGUAUUGGCUGUUUCCUUGAGGGUGUCAUUUUCAGGUCGUGGAGAUCACUGCCUGUGUUUAUACUCCGUUACAAAGGUUUAGUCCUUGCAGACCUGGACUAGAACUUUACACAUCAACAUCGAGUUUAGGUCAGAAUAGUUGGGGCUUAGUAUGGUUGUAGUUGUGUCUCUAUAAAGCCAGAUAAGUUUCCAAGCUGAUGAACAGAGUUAUAAUGAGUGCCGUUCUUGUGUAGUUGUACCUGUCCUUGGUGCUGAAACUGACCGGUGCACCUCACGGAUUUGCUUUUGAGGGACUGUACGACAACAAAUUCAACAAAAUUGACCUGCAGUCAACGACAGAAGAAGGAUCUGGUAAAAACAACUUAAAAAUAUAGGACUUUUUUUCUGGGACAAGAUCUAAAGGAGUUUAGCGGACUUUAAAUGGCCAGAAUUAUAAUCUAAAUUUACCGUUGUAAACCUACCAAUUUUCGCUGUAUCACCAAAAUCAGAGUCUGAAAGGACAGAUGCACAUUUGAUAUCGAUUUGUCUUGCGAUGGAGGUAUCAAACGUGUCGAGCUUUGGGAUCGAGUCUAUACUUUCUCACAGACCGACCAGCCCGUGUAUGUCAAAGGGGGAGUGCAGGUCUCCAGCGGAGUUGAGCCCGCGGUCGGAUCUAGACAGCGGCUGUUCGUCGCCUCCCUCCCCGAGACGGACCUCGGUGGAAGACGCGGUGCAAAGACACGCUCGCGCCCUCGGACUGGACUCUCCUUUACAAAUAUCCCAGCAGCCGCGAACAGUCACGUCCUCGUUCUUGAUCAGAGACAUACUAGCGGACUGCAAACCCCUGGCUGCCUGUGCUCCUUAUUCUAGCACGGGACAGUCAGCACAAGAUAAUGAAGACUGCAUGGACAAACUUCACAGCAAUUCGUCCUCUGACAGUGAAUACAGGGUGAAAGACGAAGCUGAUCGCGAAAUCUCCAGCAGUAGAGACAGCCCCAGCUCCCGGCUGAAGAAGCCACGGAAAGCGCGCACUGCGUUCACUGAUCACCAGCUCGCGCAGCUCGAGCGCAGCUUCGAGCGUCAGAAGUACCUCAGCGUGCAGGACAGGAUGGAGCUGGCAGCGUCCCUCAACCUCACCGACACACAGGUCAAAACAUGGUACCAAAACCGCAGGACGAAGUGGAAAAGGCAGACAGCAGUUGGACUUGAGCUCCUCGCGGAAGCAGGAAAUUACUCAGCUCUACAAAGAAUGUUCCCAUCACCCUAUUUUUACCCUCAAAGUUUGGUGUCUAACCUCGACCCGGGACCAGGGUUGUAUCUGUACAGAGGGCCGUCCGCGCCUCCACCACAGCUCCAGCGGCCUCUGGUCCCGAGGAUCCUCCUGCACGGAGACCCAGCGUCUCUCCCUGGAGUCAUACCGCGACACACGCCGCGAUGAACUGAUCCAACCUGACAAAAACUCCAACCUCAGGAACGACAGGGUCGCGCUUGGACAAUACCCAUGUAUACUGAACAUAUAAACGCGCAAUAAUAGACUUUACAAACGACUCUGACCAAAAGGUGAAUGCUAACUAUUUAUUAAACUUUAACGUGCGGAAGUAGCCUAGUAAUUAGAAAAUAGUUUGACGAGGUUCCAUCACUAAAUGAAUCUCUUGACUAUUUUCUGAAUGAAGUUGCUUUUCCCCUAAGAAAUGGCGUGGUUUAUUUACACAAAAUUAUGACGCAAGCAAACCAAAAAAAAAAAAAAAAAAAAAAA